UCGAAGUUCAGGGAUCUCCUUAUUCUCUCUUUUGAUUCAGAAGGGUCUUAGGUUUUCCUCUUUGGUCUUCGUCUUCAUCUUCGUCUUUCUUUCUCGUUCAGUUUUAAAUUUCUCUGUGAUCCUUUUCUUUCCUCUUCGGAGUUACAUUUUCUUGGAGGCAUUCUUGACCAGUGAUAUAUACAAAUCUUUGCGAAACGCUUCAAUCUUUUCAUGUCGGAGCGAGUUUAUCACAUGAUUGACGCUGGACAAAUCGAUAAUGUUGGUUAGAAUUUCCAAUUCUUUCGCUUUUGAUUCAGAACUGUAAUUGGUAUUCCUGAAUCGGAUGGCUUUCUUCGAACAGAGCCUGGGUCGAAGAACUGGGAAGAGCUAGGUUUUAUGAAGAGUUCCAUCACUGAGACUUGACUCGCCUUGAGUUUGUCGAAAAUAGCCAUUGCAGGGAAACAGAGACGUAUGAGCUUCUUUUCCAUAUCGGAAUGUUGGAAUCUUCAAGGCAGAGUUAAUAAUUAUUCAAUAUUAAUUUUUAGCGUCACACUUUAUUAAUGUCUUUGGAAGAUUCACCUCCAAAUUUACGUGAAUCAUGGAUGGUGUACUUCACGUUUAGAGGAAUAAGAAGGCAAUUUUCUUCCUCCAAUAAAAUUUCAAACAGUGAAAAAACAUGUUUGGAAAAGUGGUUCUUUCUUCCAUUUUCGUGGUCCUACUCAUAGCCUCAUAUACAGUUUUCAAAGGUGACAUUAAUAUUCGAUCUCAUUUCUCCUUGUCAUUAAAUUCUUCGUCUCCAUGUCCGGCGUCUGGCCCUCCUUUCCGGAUCUACAUGUACGAUCUUCCUCGCCGAUUCAAUGUCGGGAUGCUUGAUAGGAAUAAUUCGGCGGAAACUCCGGUCACCGCCCAGGAUUGGCCGCCGUAUCCGAUGAAUGCUGGGCUGAGGAAGCAACACAGCGUAGAGUACUGGAUGAUGGGUUCGCUUAUCUAUGAUGGAGACAAAGACCAGCCCGAAGCAAUAAGGGUUUCGGAUCCUGAACUUGCCGAUGCCUUCUUUGUGCCAUUUUUUUCUUCUGUGAGUAAUAAUUUACAUGGACAUCAGAUGAGUGGUCCAGCUGCGGAGGCUGAUCAUCAAUUACAGAGAGAUGUAGUUGAAUUCUUGAGAAAAUCUCAAUAUUGGCAAAGGUCAGGAGGCAGAGAUCAUGUUAUUCCUAUGACACACCCAAAUGCCUUUAAGUUCCUGCGAAAUCAGGUUAAUACGACUAUUGAGAUUGUUGUCGAUUUCGGUCGCUACUCCAAACGUGUUUCUAAUUUGAGGAAGGACGUGGUGGCCCCUUAUGUGCAUGUUGUGGACGCUUUCACAGAUGAUGACCCGCAAGAUCCAUAUCAGUCUCGCAAGACGUUGCUUUUCUUUCGAGGAGGAACAAAACGAAAGGAUGAAGGUACCAUCCGUCUUAAAUUAGCUAAACUACUGGCUGGUAAAUAUGAUGAUGUUCGCUAUGAGCAGAGUGUUGCGUCAGCAGAUAACAUAAAAGAGGCUUCUGUGGAGAUGCGUUCAUCGAAGUUUUGUUUGGAUCCAGCAGGAGACACACCAUCGUCGUGUCGUCUGUUUGAUGCAAUUGUGAGUCACUGUGUUCCUGUGAUAGUGAGUGAUAAGAUAGAACUCCCAUUUGAGGAUGAGAUUGAUUACACCAAGUUCUCAGUGUUCUUCUCCUUCAAAGAAGCAUUAGAACCAGGUUACAUGGUGGAUCAGCUACGAAAAUUUCCGAAGGAGAAAUGGAUUGAAAUGUGGAGGCAGCUCAAGAACAUUUCCCAUUAUUAUGAAUUUCAUUACCCACCAAAGAAGGAAGAUGCUGUUAAUAUGCUAUGGAGACAGGUGAGGCAUAAGCUUCCUGAGGUCAGACUUUCUGUUCAUAGAAGCCGCAGAUUAAAAAUCCCUGAUUGGUGGCGUCGUAGAUAAUUUUAAUGCAAGUUGUGAACGUUGUGAUGUUAUAAAAUAAGUAGGUACUUUUUUUUUUUUGGCAAGAAAAAGAAAUUACCAAGCUCUAAUUCACAGCCGACUUUACCACUUAUUCUGAUUCAGCUAGGAUCUUCUCAAGUGAUGUUCUUUGAACAUGAAUAAAGCUGGUUGAGUUUUACUGCUUCCUUCCUUGCAAUUUAUAACUGGAUUCUUGAGGUACAUUUGUAAUGUUAA